AUGCCUUCACGUUGUGAAAUUUGCUGCGAAAUUAUGAUCGCCGUCUUGAUCCCUCCACUCGGCGUUUGUCUCCGCCAUGGUUGCUGCACUGUUGAAUUCAUCAUUUGCUUGCUCCUUACAAUUCUAGGUUAUAUUCCUGGUAUAAUUUAUGCUCUUUAUGCAAUUGUCUUUGUUGAUCGUGAUCAGUACUUUGAUGAAUAUAGGCGUCCUUUGUAUGCACAAACACAAUACUGA